UCCUCCGAAUUAAUGAAGUGGCAUGGUUUAAGUAAAAGAAAUAUCCUCUCCAAAAUAUUGGAUGUAACUUAUUAUUUCCACUGAAAAGAGCUUUUGAAAGAAACUUAUUUAAAACGAAGUUAAAAGUAACUACAGUUACUGAUCACAAUUUUAUGGGGAGGUAAAUGGAAUAGCCAAAAUAUACAAAUUACAGUUGCCUUUGUGGAUAAUCAAAGUAAAGUCGGCGCAUGUGUACUCUACAAAAAAUCGACCUAAUUACCGUGUUUUUCAAAAUGUAAACGUUGGAUUUUUAUGAAAUGAGUUCAUCAAAAAAUGGAUAUAUAUAAUUUUCGGGAUUACGUAUCUCUUGGAUGAGUUAACGUCUAUCUUUUAACGUUUUUAACUGACUAUCCGAAAAUGGCCGACUCGCGUUCAAGUUUCCUAACACAAUUGUGUGUUCUUAUUAUUUUUAUGUCAAAUCUUUGUGAUAUCGCUCAAAGUUUGGAUCUAUCGUGUAUAGAAGUGAAGAAAGAGUACGUUAAGCUCGGGUUUCGGGAUGACAGCUCCGUACCAAUUUCGCCAAUAUCAGGUGACCAUUUACAGAUAUGUCCGCAUGGGAGCACGUGCUGUACAUCAGACAUGGAGAAUAAGCUCAAAUCCCUCAGUAUGAAGGAGUAUGAAGGGGUAGCAGAUGAAGCAUUUAGAUUUAUCAAAUCAACAUUUGUAUCUAGAACAAAAAAAUUUGAUGAGUUUUUCACAGAACUUUUAGAGAACUCCAAAAAAGACUUACAUGAAAUGUUUGUUCGGACUUACGGAUUAUUAUAUCAGCAAAAUGCUGAAGUGUUUUCCAAACUUUUCCGUGAUUUAAAACUGUAUUAUAAGGGUGAAAAUUUAAAUCUUGUGGACAUUUUAAAUGACUUCUUCACGAACCUUCUGCAAAAAAUGUUUGAGUUAUUGAAUGCGCAGUAUGUGUUCGAAAAAGAUUACUUGAGUUGUGUGACACGGCAUAUGGAUGAUUUAAAACCAUUUGGCGAUAUUCCACAAAAAUUGAAGCUUCAGGUGAAAAGAGCUUUUAUUGCGCUCGGAAAUUUUUGCGCUGUAGCCUACGGUAAGAUGGUGGUUUUACCAGUAAGUAAGAUAAAGCCGACGGAGGCCUGUACCCGCGGUAUGACGAGGAUGAUGUAUUGUCAACAUUGCGGCGGACUUACGAGGACGAAGCCAUGUAAUAAUUACUGUCUUAACACGAUGAAGGGUUGUCUAGCGCACCACUCAGAACUAAACAAGGCAUGGAACGAGUACAUUGAAGCGCUGAAGUUGGUGGCAGAGCGGCUAGAAGGUCCUUUCAACAUUGAGACAGUUGUUGACCCUAUAGAUGUGAAGAUAUCAGAAGCUAUCAUGAACUUCCAAGAAGACAGUACUACUGUUACAGAAAGGAUUUUCAAAGGGUGCGGUCAGCCACGGAGAAACACUAACAGCCGCUACAAGAGGGACGAGUCCUCGUAUACAGACUAUGCUUAUGGUAAAGAAUUUAUGACAUAUGCUCGUGGUGGUCAGAGUAAUGAAAGGGAGGCAACUGCUGCAGGCACAAACCUUGAUCGUCUUGUUAAAGAUAUCAAGGACAAGGUUGAGGUGGCAAAGAAUUUCUGGGUUCAGCUUCCAUAUUCUAUAUGCAAUGGUGAGAUAGCCAACCAGCCAGAUAAUGAUGAGGACUGUUGGAAUGGUCAAGAUCGAGCAAAGUAUAUACAUGAGGUACAGAAGGAUGGACGUAUAUAUCAAGUGAACAAUCCAGAAGUGACCGUGGACGUACAAGAGGACAAUGGCAUUAUCUCUGUACAAAUUUACAACUUGAAAUUGAUCACCACAAAGCUACACAAUGCCUAUCAUGGUGUUGAUGUUGAAUGGAGUCCCUCUAAUAUUGAUAUUGAUGCAAGUGGGGAUGACCUUGAGGGCAGUGGAAGUAACAGAAGACAUAAAGUUAAAGGUGACAAAGUGGUUGCUAGUGGAGACGGUAGAGAUGAUGGUGAUGAUGAUGAUGAUGUUGUACAAAGUGGUUCUGGGUCCGGACAGGGAUCUGAUGAUGAGGAUGAAUCACCAGGGUACCCAACACGUCGACCUCUACGUCCCGUGUACCCAACACGUCGACCUCUACGACCUAACCAGCCACCAGAUGGCGAUAUUGACUUCCAAAAUCCAAAUAAUCCAAAAUAUGACAUUAACAAGCCAAACAAGAAGGGAGAAAAAGUGGGUGAUUCAGGGGCAUCAUCCGUAUCAACAAGUGCUUUAUUAAUCAUUUCAACCAUAUACAUGGUUCUACAAGUAGUUUUGUAACAGAGUUUGUCCACAAAGACACAAGCAUGUGAAUUCCACCAAAUUCAAAUUUUGGGUAGCUGUGAAAUUGAAAAAAUAGAUUAAACAAAAAAAAACAAAAAACAGAAUGUUUUUCGUGAUAAAUCUCUGUAAUAUAUAAUUUUUUUGUAUAAAAUAUGUAGAAAAGAGACCAUACAUCAUUAUUAUUUUGCACACAGAUGUGCUCCGAAUGUGCAUUUGUUGAACGUAUUUUGAACUGCAACAUCGUAUUUCCAUAAAGCAUAGACAGAGACUAUGAGGAAAGCGUAUGUUAUAUCAUGAUGACUGAAAUGGCAUCUACGACCCCCCCAUCGAGAAAGCAAAGUUAUUAAGUGACAAAUUAAGUUCCUUGACUGACAGUAACUAGACAGUUUUAAGAACAAAAGUGCAAAACGGCUAGAUUUACACCAGCUUUAAGUUUUUACACGAGUGUCCAGUAUGUGUAGAAUGUGAUGCCAGAUGAAUUAUUGAAUGAAACAUUGUGAUUUUGUAUUUCGUUCGCUUAAAUUUUUUUUUUUGUAUUAGUGUUAUGUAUGUAUAACUACUAUUAUGAAGGAUUUAUAUUGAUAUAACCUCUGGAAAAAUGGUCUAGUAUUGCAGGAAUUUCUGUAACCAAAUUAAUUGUGUUUUAUUUGUUUUACAACUGUCCUACGUAGUUGGAAACAUUCAUUAAUAUUUCUACUCUUAUCAUUGAACAGUAACGAAAAAUUACUGCGAUAAAUUUAAGAGUUACAAAGAGAUCUUAAGGGAUACAAUUUUUUAAUGCGGUGGCUGAAGUACUCUGGUAAAUUCAAUAUGGCUUGCUGCCGUGAUAGAGGGUAAACUACCAACGACGCCACACCUACAUAUUUCUAAUUUACAUAAUUAUUAACAGAGUUAAAAAGCAAGCCUGUAGCUAGUAGGUUGUCUGCUGUCUUAGAUUAAAUCCAACACUAAAAGAUAUUUAAAGACCAACUACAUUACCGUUAAACCAACUGAUUUUUUGGUCAUUUUCUGUUUGAUUUGAUAUGAGUAAAAUGUUAUAUUUGAAGGUUUCCAAAUAUUUCAGUGAUUUUGAUUUUAAGGGAUACCUCAAAAUAUCCUGGGGAAGUACUGUUAAACAAGUCAAAAUUUUACAUAAGCAAAAUAAUCCAACUUGUCUUGGAUGCAAAAAAUUCAGAUUUCAGAAGAAAUGUAAAUCAAAUAUGUUUAUUUUUUUAGAGUAAUGGGAAUAGAAUGGGAAUUAUUUUUUAUCUUUUUUUUUUUUUUUGUUGUAGAGGGUGCCCCUUUAAAUCUUUGUCAUAUUUCAGUGUUGUUUAUGUCCAUCAUUGUGUAUCAUGAUCACCUUUACACAGAGAAAUGACAUAUAUGGGAUCAUUGUGUAAACACAUGACUGUAUGUAUGGGGGAAAAUGUGUUGAUUUCAUGUAAUGAAUCAAUUUCAUAAUUGUAUGUAGAAAGUCUUUCGUAAUUUAAAUGAUUUCUGUACUGAUUUUAUAAGCAUAAAUAAGUGAAAACCUUUCGGUCAGGAAUGUGUUGAUUUUGGUUGUCUUUUUUUUUCUUUAGUAAGAAUAUAUAAAAUUUUAAUUUUUGCUUUCAAAUAUCGAAACUCUCUACUACCAUAAUAUGAAUAUAUAAAAGGCCUGUAACUUUCCAAUUGAGUAUACUUUAUUGAAGUAUUGGUAAUUAAUUAAGUACAGUAAACUCCGCCUAUAAUGAUAUUCAUGGGAUCUUAAAAUGUAUUGUUAUAUCCGAGAGGCGACCAAAUUGAAAACAAGAUUUGGGAUUGAAUCAACAGCUUUGUUAUAAGCUGUAAAUAAUUAUGAGUGAUAUCAUUAUAAGUGGUGUUUGCUGUAUUUAUAAAAAGAUGCACCUUGAAUAAAAGAUACACCUCAUUCAAGGGGAGAGAAAAAGGCAAAAAAAAAAGACACCAACAUUCCUGGCAAAUUUGGUUGAAAAUUUUUAAGCAGGAAAUGCAUAGUUUUAAUAUAUUGUUUUAACGAACUAUUCAAUUAGGUUGAGAAGCAUUGGAAUUUUUAUAGUGUAAGAUAUUGUGUCUGUAGUAAAUAUUCUGUGUUGUUCUUUAAAUAAUAAUGAUGCUUAAAGCAUGAAUGAGUGUUUGUACAUUUUAUUUACAUGAAUGUUAGAUUUUGAUAUUGUGUAUUUUUACAAUUUAAUUAUAUGGACGAUAGUAAAUUUUUGAGGACAAUUUGAUUUGAUUUUUUUUAUUUAAGGAAAUAGUUUUUGUUUAAGAAUCUAUUUUAGGGUUUUAAAUACUGCAUUUAAAAAUGAAUCAAACUUACAUUGUUCAUUGAUUAAUACUGCCUAUAAGUUAAUAUUUUAUCAUUUAGCUUUGUCAUGAAAUAUUUUCUAAUUUUUUUUUCUCCAUCACUGUCAGCAGCAUUACCAUGGAUGUCAAAUUCCCUUUCUCAUUGAUUAUUAAUUAAUUAGUCAGUGGAAUUUGACACGUUUUGUAAAUUUGGCAUCAUAGAUUUUAUUUUUCGCCUUUUUUUCAGAUCUGAAGAUAUUUUUGUUGAAUUUUUUUUUCCCCUAGAGUACAAGCAAUAAGAUAUCACCAGCUCAUUUUACUUUAUAUACAAGCCAGUAUUUGUAUAUUUAUUUUGUCAGUUCUGAUUUAUAAUACCUCAGUAUCAUUAUGAUUUAUUUGUUAGCUGUUUCAUACGGAAAAUGAACAGACAAGUUCUCAUUUAUAGGUCUUUUUAUGAAAAAUUGACUUUAUAUUUUUUCCCCAUUAAAUCUGAUUUUCAUUUCGAUUAUGACCAGAUGAUCUGAUCAUCACAUCUGGCACUGGUUCAGGAGAGAAAUUUGGGGAAAAAAGCAGUCCUUACUCUUUCUAGUAAAGCACUUUCUUUUCUCUGCCAAGCACCAACAUUAAAUUAAUUUUGUUUUCUUUUAAUCAUUGAAUUUCAUCACGUUUAUUGUUUUAAAUCUUUCUUUUAAUAACCAUUUUUUAUACUCACUUAAAAUUAAUGGCCAUUUUUUUAGAUUCAUAUAUAUGUGAGAUGUUGAAAAUAGUAUUUUUACAUAUCUAAAUUGUGCCAUUUUGAAACAGUACAUGGAUGCAAGGAAAUUUCUUAACUAUUGUUUUAGAGUUAACUUAGUACCCCCGACUAAUAGCUGACAUGUCUUACAGGCGAAUUUAUAUAAGCUUCGUAAAAGAGGCCGCCUUUACUGAUAUAAUAAAGUCAACAUUUGUUCCUGCAUUUUAACAGCUGUCAAAGAAAGAAAAGAAAAAAAGGUUUUGAUUUUAAAUCCAUAUAAAUUCUAAAUGUAGAACCAAAAAAUAUUUAGAGAAAUAUGUCAUUCUAUUUUUAGGGAAAAAAGCGUAUUUAGAAAUAUUCAAAAUGUUAUGAUUUGGAUUAAAAGUUUUCAUGAAGGAUAAGAAAUGUCAAGGGAUACCAGUACUGUGUAUAAUUGAUUACGGAUAAAUGCUUCCUUUACUAUGUUCGAUAAAAUUUGUUUUGCCUAUGUGAACAAUAAUGAAUAUAAGUAAUGGCUUUGAGAAAAUAGAUUUCUAAAUUUACAUACAUGAAAAACAUUUUCCGUCAAGAUCGUGACAUAAAUAAGAGGGUAUUUACUGAUGUUUGUGAUAGGGUGUGAGGUAUUGCCUAAAGAAGUUCCUGUAAUUAUGCAAAAUCAUGGAAAUAUAUGGAGAUUUAGGAAUCUAUUUAUUAUCUUAGAAGACAUACAUAAGUGGCACUGUAGUUUGAAGGUGCUUAUUUUGUAUAAAUAGAUAAAAGGCUUGCACAUUGAGCAAUGUGCUUAUAUUAUACAUGUUUAUACCAAAAUGUUAACAUAACGAAAUGUUUUCAUAAGUCAUUUACAUGUUUACGUUUACAUGUUUUCAUUAAUAUGUUUAUACAUCACUGAAUUUAGUACAGCUUUGCCAGAAAACAGUGAAGACUCUGAAAACAGCUUUUUUAU